GCAAAGAAAUCAGUGAGUUAGGAGGAGGGACUUCCUGCCGAGCUGCAGUUGGAUUGAAGGCUGCUUCUCGACUGACACGUAACUAAAAUUAAAGGUAAUUCAGAGGCCUCGUCCUGGAUGUGAAUUUUUCCAACUUUGGCGCAAGCAUUGGGCGAAUUGCGUCGGAGACGUCUGAAGGAGGAAGAAGAGAGGACCAAGCGACCGAGAAGCCCCAGAGUUUUGGUUUGCAUUUCAGGACUAGACUCAGAGCAGGACUUUGAUUUCAAGUGAAGCGAAGAUCUGAGCUUCUCCUUAGAAGUCGAGUUGACUUGGUGAAAAGUAUGCACGCUGUAGCAACUGUUUACACGUAAAGCGGUGCUGUUUUUGUGCGUGGAAAUGCUCGGGGAGUGAAGGGAGGGGGUACGAAAAGUUUGCAGGCAGAGACGGGGUUUUCUCGCUCAGACGGCGGGGAGGGGUGCGGGUCCAACAUGGGAAACGGGGUGUGCUCCCGCAGGCAGCGGCGGAUCUUCCAGUGCCUGCUGCUGGUCACCGUGGUCUGCGGGAUGAUGUAUGGGGGGCUCAUGGCCUUUGAGACGCACAAACAGCUCAGAAGGACCGAGGCGAUGGCGCUGAAGUACCAGCAGCACCAGGAGUCACUCUCGGCGCAGCUCCAAGUGGUGUACGAGCAUCGAUCGCGGUUGGAGAAAUCUCUUCAGAAGGAGAGGUUAGAACACAAAAAGGCCAAAGAAGAUUACCUUGUUUAUAAACUUGAAGCAGAGCAAUCUCUGAACAAAGAGAAGCAGGACGCCAACAGUAGACUCAACUCUUUACACGUGCAACAUCAGAUGCUGAAGAAUCAGCAUAACGAUCUGAAGAGGCAGUACUAUGAGCUAAACGAGCAGCACCAAGCACAGGGUGAGGACCACAGCCGGCUGCUGGACGAACACAGAGAACGCUACAAUAAACUGCAGCAAGCCAAAGAGGUGGAGCUCUCCCAACUUAAAGAGCAUGCUUAUAACCUGAGAGAGGAAAAUAAACAACUGAGGAAAGCCCACCAUGAAAUUCACACCCAGCUACAAGAUGCACAGCUCAAACAUCAGGACCUUAAGGUGGCCCACAACCAGCUUGCACUGACCCUGGAGGACCACAAGAGUGCGCUGGCUGCAGCUCAGGUCCAGGUGGAUGAAUACAAGCAGCUCAGAGAGAAUCUGAACAGGAAACCAAACUUGUUACAACCUGAUCCAAACUCUGUUGCUCAGCAGCUGCAAGCAGCCACAGUAACAGCUGUGUCUCAUGUUCAUGAAUCCAAGCUGGCUGGUAAAGAGACGCCUGUUCAGGAAGACCUCCCUCCUCACUGGGACACUAAGUCGAGGGUGGAUCAUCAAGAGGAGAAGAAAGCCCACGCCCAGUCUGAGGUCAUUUCUCACCCUACUAUGUCCCAUCCCAGCCUAUCUGAGAGAGAUGAGGAUGGAGAGGGGGAGGCAGAGAGGAAGAGGGAGCUGGCAGAGGAGGAGAUGGCUCAAGCAGGACAGCCUCAGAAGCUGGAGGAGGACCUGGACCAGACACAUGAUGAGCAGAUUGAAGAGGAGGAGGAAGAAAGGGAGGAAGUUCAGCCUGAUGAGAACGUCUUGGACCGACAGAGACGGCAGCAGCGGCUGGACAACCAUGUGGAGCUGCAUCAGGAGGCCCAGCCGCAGCACCAGGCACCAGCUCAGGUGCACCACCUGAAGUCAGCCUACGAGCAACAGCAGGAGCAGCAGCGCCUGGAAGCCUUGAGGAUCGACGAGCGAAGGCAGAUCCAGAUGCGACAGGAAGCCCUCCAGGCUCAGAGAGAGAAGGUGCUGAAGGAGCGGGAGCAGCAUCUAAAGGAGGAGCAGGAGCGAGAGCAGCAGCAACACAGGGAGGCCGAUAGAAAAGAGCAGCUGUUGAGAGAGGAGCAUCAAAGGAAAAGAGCGGAGUAUGAGAACAUGGACGAAGAUGUUCAAAGAGAAGAGGACCGUCACACUGCCAACGAAGAAGAGGGAGACGUUCACAUGUUACAUGAUGAGGAAGAGGAGGAGAAACAGUCGGAUCACAGAGUACCCCCACAUCAGGGUGGUGUGGACGGCGAGGUGGAUCCCGAAGACGACCCCAAUAACCAGGGGGAGGACGAGUUUGAGCAGGCCGAGGACGAGCGUUUGCCACACAGGGCUGCUGAAGAGGAAGAAGAGGGAAUAGAAGAAGAGGAGCCAGCUGUACCUGGACAGCGCAUAGACUCUCACCCAGGCCCUGGGCAACCUGCUGUGGAGGAGGAGCUGGUGAUGGCUGGAAACCCAGAUCAACAGGAGGACACGCUAGAUGACCAGUACCAGGAAGAAGAAGAGCCCCAGGAGGAUGUAGUUGGAGGAGAGAAAAGGGAGGAAGAGGAGGAGGGGGUGGAAGAGGAAGGGGAGGAUCCAUAUAAUGAGAACAUAGAGCAGGAUGAUGCAAAAAACCAGGAUGGACCAAGGAAGGAGAGGAAUCACCAGAACGGAGCAAACGAGGAAGAGAAUUAUGAGGAGGACGAGAUAGAAGAGGACACAGCCGGUCGAGAUAAGGGAACCAACCGAAGAGCAGAAAUGUAGGAUGAGCAGUGCGGUGCAUUUUUGGCUGCGAAUGCAGCCAAUCAGGAAUUAAAACCAGCCAUCCUUUCAGAAUUUCACUUUGGAAAAUCUGGAAAUUGUGCCAGGAACGUGCGACUCCGAACACUGAACACUGUGGAAAUGGACACAACUUUUAACGCUAAAUUGCAUAUAUGAUUGUGUAUUUUUUUUACUUGUUACAUGUUUCCUUGCUCCUCUGGUUCAGCGAAUGUAAUUUUUAUCUUUAUGCCAUGUAUGUGUGGAAAAAGGAAAGAGCCAGAAACGUUCAUUCUAAUAUUCUCAGCCCCCUUUCCGAUGUUUUAUGCAGACAGUUGUAUUUUUGCAAAAUUUUAUUCCAAUGAAUUUUGACAUUUUAUUAUUUAUUGCUGAUAGUAACAACUCUGACAAUCAUAAAAUGGUACACCAUUUUAAAUCAUUCAUCCUCUACUAGAGGAAGAUUGACAUUUAGGCUUUAACCAGCUUCCAGAAGUGUGACUGGAUUUUUCUGUAAAAUGCCACUGAGAGAGACAUUUCUGGUGAAGCCGCCAAGUGUCACACUGCCACGUGCCUUUCCAUUCUUGGAAUCCUCUCGUCUAUCCUAGUCCUUUUUAACAUUUAGGAAAUACUUUUGAUAUGAAAGGAAUGAUGUGGGCCUGCCUUACGAGCUGAGGUUUCUUUGAGUUCAGUUGCUGGUGAGGAUAAAAUUCACAAUAAUGUAUAGAAAACCUUUUUGUAAAUAUGGUACACCUGUUAUAUUUGAUAGAAAACAAAGGGAUUUUUAAUUGUACUGAUACCUUGUUUGUCAUCUUGAUGGUGUUUGCAAUAAAGAGGUUUAAAGUUUUAA